AUGUGCGCAGUCGGUGGGCGCCGCGUCGCCGCCCCCCCGGCCCGCGCCGCCGUCGCUGUUAGAGUAGGCACCUCGCGUCUGUCAGCAGGCGCAGUCGGUGGGCGCCGCGUCGCCGCCCCCCCGGCCCGCGCCGCCGGCGCGGGUAGAGUAGGCACCUCGCGUCUGGCAGCAGGCGCAGGCGGUGGGCGCCGCGGCGCCGCCCCCCCGGCCCGCGCCGCCGUCGCUGUUAGAGUAGGCACCUCGCGUCUGUCAGCAGGCGCAGUCGGUGGGCGCCGCGUCGCCGCCCCCCCGGCCCGCGCCGCCGUCGCUGUUAGAGUAGGCACCUCGCGUCUGUCAGCAGGCGCAGUCGGUGGGCGCCGCGUCGCCGCCCCCCCGGCCCGCGCCGCCGUCGCUGUUAGAGUAGGCACCUCGCGUCUGUCAGCAGGCGCAGUCGGUGGGCGCCGCGUCGCCGCCCCCCCGGCCCGCGCCGCCGUCGCUGUUAGAGUAGGCACCUCGCGUCUGUCAGCAGGCGCAGUCGGUGGGCGCCGCGUCGCCGCCCCCCCGGCCCGCGCCGCCGUCGCUGUUAGAGUAGGCACCUCGCGUCUGUCAGCAGGCGCAGUCGGUGGGCGCCGCGUCGCCGCCCCCCCGGCCCGCGCCGCCGUCGCUGUUAGAGUAGGCACCUCGCGUCUGUCAGCAGGCGCAGUCGGUGGGCGCCGCGUCGCCGCCCCCCCGGCCCGCGCCGCCGUCGCUGUUAGAGUAGGCACCUCGCGUCUGUCAGCAGGCGCAGUCGGUGGGCGCCGCGUCGCCGCCCCCCCGGCCCGCGCCGCCGUCGCUGUUAGAGUAGGCACCUCGCGUCUGUCAGCAGGCGCAGUCGGUGGGCGCCGCGUCGCCGCCCCCCCGGCCCGCGCCGCCGUCGCUGUUAGAGUAGGCACCUCGCGUCUGUCAGCAGGCGCAGUCGGUGGGCGCCGCGUCGCCGCCCCCCCGGCCCGCGCCGCCGUCGCUGUUAGAGUAGGCACCUCGCGUCUGUCAGCAGGCGCAGUCGGUGGGCGCCGCGUCGCCGCCCCCCCGGCCCGCGCCGCCGGCGCGGUUAGAGUAGGCACCUCGCGUCUGUCAGCAGGCGCAGUCGGUGGGCGCCGCGGCGCCGCCCCCCCGGCCCGCGCCGCCGUCGCUGUUAGAGUAGGCACCUCGCGUCUGUCAGCAGGCGCAGUCGGUGGGCGCCGCGUCGCCGCCCCCCCGGCCCGCGCCGCCGUCGCUGUUAGAGUAGGCACCUCGCGUCUGUCAGCAGGCGCAGUCGGUGGGCGCCGCGUCGCCGCCCCCCCGGCCCGCGCCGCCGUCGCUGUUAGAGUAGGCACCUCGCGUCUGUCAGCAGGCGCAGUCGGUGGGCGCCGCGUCGCCGCCCCCCCGGCCCGCGCCGCCGUCGCUGCGCAGUCGGUGGGCGCCGCGUCGCCGCCCCCCCGGCCCGCGCCGCCGUCGCUGUUAGAGUAG